AUGGCCGCCAAACGAAAGCUCCCCAUGAAGAUUGGCUUGCCGACUAUCAAGCAGAGCGCAAAGCCGCUAGGAAAGAGCACUGUGAACGACUCAAGGGCUGUGGUUUCUGGCGGUGGCUAUGCGACCAAGACCGCAAACGAUGUAGUCGAUAUAUCCAGCGAUUCGAGUAGUGAUGAUGCCGUGGAAGAUUCAGAAGCCGAGAGUGACGGAUCUGCUGCAGGAGAAGACGUAGCGAUGGAGGAUGCACAAGAGACGGCUGACCCUGCGAAUCCUAAUAAUGAAGACGAGGACGAAGAAUUGGCCGAACCGUCGUUUGGGGACCGAAUUCAAGCUCUGGCAGACGAGCCUAUCGAUGUCGCUGCUGCCUUCGAAGACCCCUCCCAAGCUUUGACCUACCCCAAUGGCGCAGCCAUACAACCCCCCUCCGGCGCAUCACUGGGUACGGUUCUUUCUCAAGCUCUCAAGACGAAUGACGUCGCACUCCUCGAAUCGUGUCUUCAAACCACUGAUCUGAAUACCAUCCGCGCAACGAUACAACGUCUCGAUUCUCCACUUGCAGGCAUCCUGUUACAGAAAAUUGCGGACCGGUUAUUCAAGAGACCUGGCAGAGCCGGGAGUCUAAUGGUCUGGGUUCAAUGGACCUCCGUCACACAUGGAGGAUACCUGGCGACACAGCGAGAUCUGAUUAAGAAGCUGGCGGAACUGGACAGAGUGGUUGAUGGAAGAAGUACGGCUCUGCGGCCGGUACUGGCUCUGAAAGGGAAGUUGGACAUGAUGGGAGCACAAGUGGAAUACCGCAGAAGCGUACAAGAUCAGCGCAGACGGUCAGAUGAGGACGAAGAUGACGAGGAUGUGAUAUAUGUUGAAGGAGAAGAGAGCGAGGAGGAUGGGGCUACAAAGUUACUGAAGAACGGCGAGGGAGACCUCUCAGAUAUGGACAGCGACAUGUCAGACGAUAUGCCAAUGGUCAACGGGGUAAACUCCGACUCAGAAGAGGAAAGCAGUGACGAAGACAACCUUCUUGAUGACGAAGCAGAAGAAACAGAUGCGGAUUCAGGCGACGAGGAUGAGGCGGACGAUGAUUCCCGAGGAGAAGAGGACGAUAGUGAUGCAGAUCAGUCACCUCCAGCAAAGCUGUCGAAGACUAAAUCAGUGUUUUCUAAAAAGCGAUAA